GCGGAAGUGGCGGAUGUGUGUCAUGGCUGCAGGUCUGAACCACUAGCCAAACUUUCGUUUUCCCCAGGAAACCUCGUGAUUAUGGCGACGUUUUUCGGUGAAGUUUUGUCGGUGUACUCUCGGGCCGUGGAGGAAGAUGAAGAGGAGCUCGAUGAAAACGAAGAAGAUGAAGAAAUCCGCAGAGAGCUGGAGGAAAAGAGGGAGGUUCAUUUGCACUGGAGCCCUGACGUCUCUGAGUCGCUGAAGUCUGGAAACAAGUUGCAGUGUUCAGACUUCAUCCUCGCUGUGGGACACAACGCUUCCAGGUGUCUGUCAGCGUACGUCCUCACCUCUGAAAACUGGGACGCAGUGGGGCAUGCAUCCGUGUGGAACGAGAGGAGCGGGGCUGUAACUGGGCAAAACAGCGAGGAGUCGGCGUGCGUUUUCUACCGACACAAGGACAACCCAUCAGUUUUGGUUUGCCAGGUGACUUGCUACAUAGCUGAGGACCAGCUUUUCCAGUGGACAGAAAAGGUGUUUGACUGUCUGCAGCACAGACAGCUGAAUGUGACGGUGCUGUCAGACAGCUCUGUGGCUGAGUACAAGACAGCAGACUAUGUGUGCAGUAGCUCUGCUCCCUUCCUGCGCUCUCUCCACACCAGUGCCUUCAGUGGUCAGCCUGUCUGCAGGUCACUGGAGCAACCCAACAUAGUUACUGGACUUCCAGCUGCAGUACUGAACCACUGCGAGGUCCACCGCAUCGCCACUGUUGUUUACCAGUGUUACAGUGAUGUCAUCGGCCCUGACUCUGUCACCAUGGAGACCUUCAAGCCUGCACUUACAAACCUUGGCAAGUCCAUACAGUUCGACAUGUCUCCGAGCACAGACGUCCUUCGCAAAUUUGUCAGAACCACCAACAUUCAGAGCAACCUUUAUAUCUGAAAAUGACCAUGUGGCACACUCAGUACGCUUACAUGCACAGUGAAGUGGAGCUACAGUUACAGCUCAACUAGGCCAUUUAACUGGACUACUGUCCUUGUCCCAGUAUACAAGCACGGGAGGGGAAUCCAUUUAUUGACUGAAGUAUGUCCGACUCCUCUACGAUAGGUGGAGAUAUGUCCCUUUUGAGCUUGUUAGUAUUGGACCAUUUUCCAGUUGACCUAUUACGUCACAGACCGAAUAAUGGACGAACAAGUUAGCUAUGGUUAGCUAGCGGCUAACUGGUUUUGGUCUGUCCAGAAAGUCACAGCUCUGGAUGUAGAUUGCACCAUGUUGUUACCAGCUUCUUCUUCUCUUAUGCAUUUAAUGCCUUCAACUUCUGGGUCAAAGCCCGGGGCAGAAAAUGUGGAGCAUGCUCAGAGUGCCUCAGCCAGUUUGGGUCUGAUUGACUGUAUACAUGCAGGAGGAAUUAAACUCCCAAUCACAUUAUAUUGGUGUGUUAAUCCGACUUUGCGAAAUUCAAUUUAGUACUAUUUAAGUCGGACUAACAUGUUAACAUUUAUUUUAAAAGUCUGGUUUUAGUCGGACUGACACAAAAAAAAUCAAUUUUCUCUAGUGUCAUGUCAACGUACUGACUGUGCAGUGUAAUGUAAUUCUAUUUUCCUUUGGUAAAAUACUGUCAUUUUUUAAUAAAGAAAUUAAGUAAGUAAA